CAUCCCUUUUGAACCAUGGAGAGCAGCAAGGUUGCAGAUGUCGGAGAGGCCGGGAGCAGCUCGUCCAUCAAUGAGGCCCCGGCCAGCCUUCAUGACAUCGCCGACGGAUAUGAUUCCGAGAUGGAAGGACUGACCAUCUACGAGAAAAAGGCUCUGCUGGUCAAUCGCGAGCUAGCAGCCCAGGGUAUGGGACGAUACCAGUGGAUGGUCUUUUUGCUCUGUGGGUUCGGGUACUUUCUAGACCUGUUGUGGGCCCAAGCCUUUGGCCUCAUCCUCCCGUCGAUCAAGCAGGAAUUCGGCUUCAGCGCCGUGGACUCGGGCAACCUCAGCACGGCCUUCAACGCAGGGCUGACGGCGGGGGCGCUCUUCUGGGGCGUGGUCACGGACAUCAUCGGGCGGUACUGGGCCUUCAACUUCACGGUGCUGAUCGCCAGCGUCUUUGGCAUCUGCCUGGGGGCGCCCGACUCGUACAACGGCGUGCUGGUGCUGGCCGCCUUUGUCGGCAUCGGCGUCGGCGGCAACGUCCCCAUCGACACCACCAUCUGCCUCGAGCUGCUGCCGCGCGGCAAGCGUUGGCUCCUCCCCACGCUGUCCGUCUUUCAGCCCCUCGGCGUCAUCGUCUGCUCCGCCAUCGCCUACGGCUUCAUCCCAAACUACUCGUGCGCCACCGACCUCGAGUCGUGCAGCAACGUCGCCGCCGGGCAGCCCUGCUGCGGCAAGCGCGACAAUUGGGGCUGGCGCUACACCAUGUUUACGAUUGGGUCCAUCACCAUCGCGGCGUGGAUCGCGCGCUUCUUCCUCUUCAAGUUCAAGGAGUCGCCCAAGUUUCUGCUGUUUCGCGGCCGGGACGCCGACGCCGUCGAGGUGCUGCAGUACAUUGCAGACUUCAACAAGGUCCCCUGCACCAUCUCGGUCGAGAGCUUUGAGAAUCUCGGUGAGGAUGAGGGCCCGACUUCGGCUGGUGUCGAGGGGAGGGAGGGUCGCAUCGUGUUGGGCUCUGGCGAGAGGCAGAAGAAUCUGUCCUUGUUUCAAAAGUUCAAGUUUGAAAUGUCGCGACUCCAGGUGCUCUUUAGCAGUCCUGUUAUGACCUGGCUGACUGUUUGCGUCUUUCUCGUCUACUGCUUCGACUACUUCGCCUUCUCCAUCUCGGGCGCGUUCCUCCCCACCAUCCUCCGCAACCGCGGCACCGAGCUCGGCCUCGGCCUGCAGUGGACCUACCUAUCCUACAUCUACAUCAAGCUCUUUGGCAUCCCCGGCGUGCUGGCCGGCACGACCAUCUACAAGUGGCGGCGGCUGUCAAUGGUGGUGUCGUCUGCGCUCUUUGGCGGCAUGCUCUUUGCCUUUACCGCCGUCCACGACGCAAACAGCUACAUUGGCAUCAGCGGGCUCGUCUACUGCUUCCAGAGCAUGUUCAACGCCAUCCUCUACGGCAUGACGCCAGAGUUCUUCCCGGCUCCCGUCAGGGGCACGGCGUGCGGCGCCGCGUCGUUUUUCGGUCGCGUCUUUGGCAUCAUUGCGCCGCUGGUGGGCGCGAGGGUGUUGGCCGUCAGUCAGAAUGGGGUUCUGUACCUGGCUGGGAGCAGUGCUUUCGUCAGUACGAUAUUUGUUUGCCUGAUUCCUGGGAGGUUUAUUGGUGGCCAGAGCUAUUGA